AAAAAGUGACCACAACUUCGGCGCAAAACCCUACAAUUUGCUCCAACAUCCUCUAUUUGUCCAGAACUUGAUAUUCCUGGGAUGAGAUCACCAAUCCGGAAAUCACUCCAUCAUUACCAAUGAGGAGUGACCACAAUUCCGGCGAAAAACAAAAAUUUUUGCCCCAGCCAGGGGGGGCAAAAUAGGGGGAUUUUUCCAGAAUUUUAUAUUUCUGGGAUGAGAUCCCCAAUCCGGAGGUCAUUCCAUAAUUACCAAUGAGGAGUGACCACAAAUCCGGCGAAAAACCCAUCAAUUUGCCCCAGCCUCUCCUAAUUGUCCAGGAGUUGAUAUUCCUGGGAUGAGAUCCCCAAUCCGGAGGUCACUCCAUCAUUACCAAUGAAGAGUGACCACAAUUCCGGCGAAAAACAAAAAUUUUUGCCCCAGCCCCCCCUAUUUUUCCAGAAUUUUAUAUUUCUGGGAUGAGAUCCCCAAUCCGGAGGUCACUCCAUCAUUACCAAUGAGGAGUAACCACAAUUCCGGCGAAAAACAAAAAAUUUUGCCCCAGCCCCCCCUAAUUGUCCAUGAAAAGGGUAGUUUAACAUCAAAAGAUUUAUUUAAAAUGAUUGGGAAAAUAAAAAAAAAAUAUUUAGUCGAAAAAAAAAAUAAAUCAUUGACAUUGGUAAGAUUUGAUACCGCGACCCCCGCCGACCAUAAUAUACGAAAACGGCUACUCUACACGUCUGCCAAACAUGCGUUGCAAUCGAAUAAGCAAAACUUCUAUUUGAGCUGCCUACCACCACGCUCACGGGGUGGAGAAACACACACACACAUAAGCAUGCGCGCCCGGAUAGGGUGCCUUACAGGCAGCGUGAAAGAAAAAACCGCUGCGAACAAUCUUGCGCGCUAUUCUUUUCUCGCAUGAAAAUCUCCGGUGCCGAGCCGAACAUUUGAGGUUUUUAAUGCCCGGAGAUUUAUAAAAAUUUUUCGACUCCUUUCAGUAAAAUCCUUAUAACUCCAUGGGGACAUUAAAUAUUUGCGUAAUAUUUUAUGGGGUGAUAGAGGGAUAGUUGGAGCACUGAAAUACACAAAAAAGCAUUAUAAGCCUAAGUCGACUUAGGUUCAAAAUGAAUGGGCCAAGCGAUUUGUAUUUCUUUUGCAAGUGGUAGCAAUGCGAUCGUUGUUGCUGGAACGAUCUCCAGAGCUGUACGAUCAUCAUUUUUGUGUGUUGGUAAACAUGCAGCUGAGGAGAGGAGGGUGCGGCCAAUUGGGGGGGCUCUGUGAGUGCACGAUCGCACACUACUGACACGAUCACUCACCUCCCAUACCCAAUUGCUCCGUCUCACUCGCGGGAACGUUUUCUCACUGUAUGCUAUGUAUGUGGUUAGGAAAAUGUUCCCCCCACGAUGCUCUCUGUGUGCGGCGAUCGUGAAACGGGUUUUUGAGUCACCCAAAGAGAUUCAAGCACCCAGUUCAUGUGGCGCUCUUGGAACAUUCACACUCGCGAAGAAUCGUUGUUUGGCUCUUUUGGUUCUUUUUUUUCUUCAUUCUCUCUCACUCCUAAAUUUGGACAAAUAUCCUACAAAAGUUCUAGUUAGAGAAGGUUCCUUUUUUUUGUAGCAAAAUAGGAGUGCAGUGCGGUGCGAAAGAAAAGAUGCACAGAGAGCGCCAAGGGUGUGAAAAAUCAGAAGUGGGAUAGGGUAUAGAGUUGUGCAGAAAAGUGCAAAAGAAAAAAAAAAGAGUGAAAAGUUGUGGAGAUUUCUCUCAAAGAAUCAGUGCUCUCUCAGUGUGCAAAAGUUGUGGCGGAGACAGCAAAAGAAGUGGUUAGUUGGCAAAAGAACGGUUUCUAAACCAUCUUCCAGAGAAAAUGUAUAAAUUGAUCUCCAGGGAGAAAAAAAAGAUUCGCAAUCGUGGCUUUGGAGAGAAAAUUAAAAUUAUUAGAAAAAAACCUCGCGCGGAAGUGAUUGAUCGAGAAUGGGGUCAAUAGACAGUCACACGAGUUACACGGAAAUACGGAGGCAGAGCUUAGAUGAGGAGUGUGUGGGUCAGACAAAUCGUUGGACUCUACCACGACGUCGUGUGCUGAAUGUGGUGGAUAAUGAGAAGAUUGUAGGUGGUUUCUGCACGAUUGGCAGGCAUCGUGGUGCCACUGAGUUCCCGCAAUCGCAGCAAGAAUUGCUACAGACUCAUGUGAACACCAUGCAACACAGCUCCAGUGCUCAGGACACACAGGGUGAGACAUUUAUGACACAAUCCCAAUCAAUCACGGAGACGGAUCAAGCGGUGACGCCAGACAUUGCGGAUACUCUUAUGGAGCUGGAUGCAUAUCUUGAGGAGGUUGAGCAAAAGUGUGAAAGGCAGUGGGAGCCAGGUGAGAGCUCCACAAGUGGUGCAACAUUGCCAAAAGUAGCUGGUAGAAGGACAACUAGCCUGGAGAAUGUUCCGCGUGGGCAUCCAUACAGAUGUACAAUUGCCUUCUCACCAAAUCGUGCCACUUCCGGACCACCUGGUGCUGAGGAGCAACCUGAGAGACGAUGGAGGCGUACUUCAAUGCGAAAAACCCGUCCAAUUGUUCUGCCUGAGAGACACCCAACUGAGGAGACUGAGAUGCAGGAAACUGCAUCAACCACAGUGGCAGCUGAGGGGGAUUUGAGAGAUUUUUUAGCGUACAACAGUGUCCGAUUGACUGAUACGCGUGAUCCCGUGGUGGUGCUGCGUGAACCACAAUUGUGCCCCGUACGACCAGCCCCACUACCACCCACACACAGCCUCCCAAUUACCCCAAGUCACGUCGCUCUACCAACGGCAACGGAAGAGCAGCGUCCACGGCAGUUGGGACGUCGCGCUGAGAUGCAACCGCGUGUUGUGGCCAUAAAUGCCGAAAGUGCGGGAAACCCUCAGAUUAUUGUGUCCCACCAGCGUCCAAAUAGUGCCCCGGCGAGAGUCCCAUCGACGUCAGAAGUCAGCUCAGUGGUCACAUCACGCAAUCCCAGCCCAACUGCGUCAACAAUCUCCAGUUCAGCGUCAAGCUCAAUAGGUUCCACAGCAGCUACGCCACAGAGACCUCGCCGGAGUCGUUCGAGUUCAGAGGAGGAGGAUACACAGGCACAGACGGGAGACACAGAUGAUACGCAUUUAGAUGGUGGAAAUAGGAAUACGUGGCCGCAUAAUUUGAGUCGCGCCCUGGCUACCCUGGGAUGCACUCUGGGGCUCUUCAAUGUAUCCCGUUUUGCAAUAAUGAGCGUCCACUUUGGUGCCAACUUCAUCCUCCAGUUCCUCAUACUCUCCGUCAUCUUCGGCAUUCCCAUGCUGUGGCUGCAGAUGAGUCUCGGGGCAAAGAUGCGUGCUGGAUGUGUUUCCAUGUGGCGCAUUAGCCCCAUUAGUCGUGGAGUUGGUGUAACAUUGCUGCUAGUCCAGGGAUUGGUGACACUGUACUCUGCUGUGUCGGUUGGCUGGCUUCUGGUCUACUUUCGGGACUCCUUCGUCUCCAGGGAUGAUCGGUAUCGCUGGGAGGAGCCAUUUGAGCUCUUCCGCGGCAGUGUAUCCAAUGAUUCCCGCCUCUCGGACACCGUUGCGGACUACUUCAGUGGUGUUGUCCUGCAGCGAUGGCACCUUGGACCAGCUGGACGUGUUGGGAGUACAUCCGGAUUGGGAGCUGUGCGCUUUCAAGUUGCCUUCAAUUUAUCCAUCUUCUGGACACUCGUCUUCAUUGUCCUCUGCCGGGGACUUCGAUCGUACGGGAAGUUUGUCUACGUGCUGGCAAUUCUUCCCACACUGGGGAUCACGGUGUUGUGCACAAAACUCCUCACAAUGAUUGACUUUACGAGUUUCCAGAGUAUUUUCCCCGCAACCGAUUGGCAGGAUUUCUUUAUGAAUUCCCAAAGUUGGAUGUCAGCUGCGCAGGAGACAUUCCUCACGUGGUGCCUUGCUGGGGCAUCCAUUCUGACCAUCUAUAGUCGCGGUACGGCGCCCAAAAGUGGUGGGAGUUCGCGUGAUUUGCGUCGAGAUGCCCUCCUUGUGGCACUCUUUACAAUUUAUGGGCUCAUGAUGGCUGCCCUCAUGGGGAAUAGCUGUGUGCAGAUCCUCUUUAACUACGGCUACCUCUACUUUCCGGGAUCGUAUGAGAAUAUUGGGACGAAUGUUUUUCUCUACCCCCGCGAUGGGCCUCUGUUGCCGCCGCAGAUUGUCAGUGUGCCAUCCAAGUGGUUGCCACGGUACUCCUCCGUCGUUGGGGAGUCCUUCCGUCGUCCGGGGAUGGUGCCAUCGCGUGAAAGUGGCUACCAAGUGUUGCGGCUCGUCACGGAACUCUUCCCAGCCACCCUUGCAGCUGCCAGCAGGGCCAAUAUAUCAGCUGUUUGGAGCCUCCUGGGGUUCCUGGUGCUCCUUCUCUUUGCUCUGGCACAACUGAGUGCAAUGUGGAAGCCAAUUGCAAUUUCCCUCGGUGAAUCCCCAAGUUGUGUCCUCCUCAGCUGCGUCACGGGCCUCCUUCUGGCCAUCCCACUUGCCACUGAGAGCGGCAUCAGUGUCAUUCACUUCCUUGAUGUCAUUCUCGGCGGCGCCUGGUGGUUGAUGCUCGUGUGGCUGGCUCAACUCAUUGCCAUCUUCCUCAUUCGUGGGCGUCCCUACAGUGCUGACCUCCUUGUGUCGGAUCUUCAUCUCACGCAAACCUUUUCGGCUUUCAUUGCAUUCGCGUGGAACGUCCUCAUCCCCAUUGGACUGAUCGUUCUCGCCAUUUUUGAGUACAAACUCUCCAAUGCCAGGGAAUUCUUUCACUGGCGCGGCACCAACUACUGGCCACUGUGGGUACGCAAAGUCGGUGGAUUCCUUCAGGUGGCCAUCAUCCAGAUAAUACCCGUUGUGGCCAUCAUACAAAUCUACAGGUACAUCACCAAGGGACCACCAGAUAUUCUCGAUAGAAUUCAACUCCUCUAUCGUCCGGAAGUUGAUUCAGGUGGGCGUGUGAGGAACUUCCCGAGUCCGGAGGCGCAACGUCCACCAACAUCUCCCGCAGCUGCAACAACCAUCACACUGGAGACACAUCCAAAUGUUCAGGAUGAUGCUCCACCCAAGUACACACCCCCACCGUCCUAUACAACAGCCACAGGGGCGAGAAUAGCUAAAUUGCUCCGACAGAGCAUCCGACGAAGUGUCCGGAGGAUUCUUGGCGAAUCAAGUGGCAAUAGGCGACAAAAUGAAGCAUCCCCAUCACGUCCACCCCCUGAUUACUCCACCGUCGUUGUCGAUCCGAGUGGGGAAUCCGGGGAAAUGGGGCCACGGGUGCUGUACAAUAGUCACACAAAUAGACGCUCAGAACCACCACCAGCUGCCACGUGUCAACGUCUCACGGCUCAGGAUGUGGCACAAUUGCUACGUCCACGACGCACCAAUUUCCAUCGUGCCAGUUCCCUCGGGGGAUGCGUUGAGCAGGUGCUGAGAGCAUCCCUUAGGCAUGCUCAAUCGCGCUCAGUGGAGAAUUUAGUACUAAAUGCAGCCCCAGCUGGCCAGAGUAGCUGCAUAGAUUUGGAUAAGAGUAAAUCCGAGGACUCCUUCUCUGUGAUAUGAGAGAGAAUUUUUCAAAAUGAACAACGAUCUGAUGGAACUGACCAGGAAUCUCCCGGAAUUUAGAGAUUUUCAAUUUAGAGAUCUUAAAACAAAUACAUUUUAAUCGAAAUUCUAUAAAA